AUGAGGACCAAGUUGUGUCAGCUGGUUGCACAGUGCUAUCUCUUAGGAGUGUUGCUCUCUGUGGUGGACGGUAAAGGAACGUUCUAUGGAGGCCAUGUCAACCCUUUCUAUGGAAACAGAUACAACCUGUACAAGGCUGGAGUCAACCCUCACUACACACCAAACAAGCCCAUGACCCGCCACAAAAACCACUGUGCCUAUGUGGUCCAGAAGAAUAUCACAUGUACGAUGCAGGAUGGCAUGGCUACCUAUGUGAAAGCUGAGUACACCACCAAGUGCAUCUGGGGUCAGAAGUGUCCUGUUGUCAUGUACAGGACUUUCUACAAGCCCACAUACAAGGUGGGCAUUAAGACAGUGACUGAGCUGGAGUGGAAAUGUUGUCCUGGCUACUCUGGAGAUAACUGCUAUGACGGGCCGACCUCCCUGCCUGAUGUCAUGAUGCCACCCUUCAAGGCCCUGCCCCACCGACCAGGGAUGAAGGGCUUCCCCCUCGGUCCCAGACCCCCCCUGGACCACAAGCCUGGAGCAGGCCACCUGGAGCCAGGCAGGCCCUUCCCCAGUGUGCCUGACCAUAGACCAAUUCCCUCAGGACAGCUGCCUCCUGGGAGUGGAAAACCUAACUAUGGAAAUAAGUUUGGGAUUUCAGGAGUGACUGGUGAACGUCUGGACCGUAUGGAGGAGGACCUACGUCGCCUCACCCAGGGUCUAGACACUCUUAAUGGAGUUGUGGCUGGCCUGGAGGAGCGCUUGCGCACAUCCCUCCGAGAUGACACUAGCAAGAUCCUGGACUCCCUGCUCACUAGUCCCCGUGUGUCUGACUCCAAAGUGGGUUUUGGGGUGAUCCCAGAUGGGACACCUGAUGGGCUGGAGGGAGGAGAGCGCUUCAUUGGCUUUGGAGAUCUAGCAGGCAGGGUAACAGAAGUGAAGGAUGAGCUUCGGGCCAAGACUCACAUCUUGGAGGAGAUUCAGGGAAUGGUCCUGGGUCACGAUGGUCAGCUGAAGAGACUGUUGGAUGCAGCCACCGGCAAACCCAUCUCACACCCUAGCUCCACCACUCUGCUGGAGGAACUCGUGGACGCCAAACUGGCUGGGGUGCGGGCUGAGAUCCUGGAUGGGUUUGAGCGCCGUCUGACGGGUCUAGAGACCCACUGUAAUGAGAAGAUUGGGGAGGUGCAGAAGCAGUGUCAUAAGGAGCACAUGGACGGCCAGGAGCAGAUGCAGCAGUCUUUGGAUGGAAGAGAGACGGACCUUAGAGAGGAGUUGGGCUCUCUGCAAGCUCAGAUCCAGGGCCUCACUCUUACUGAGAGCUGCUGUGGACAGGUGAACAGUUUGUCCCACCGGGUGUUGUUACUAGAGGAGUCCGUCAAAGGUCUGACAGAGUCUCAGAGACAGCUUCAAACGGCCCUCACUGACCAGACCAUCCAUGUGGAGACGCUGAUUGAGACCCGUCUUAUAGACAUGGAGGGCCGUCUCAAUGCUACUGAGGGCGGCUUGGAUGGAAUAGGAGGGCUCCCUGGAGGCCUGGAUGGCUUCAAGAGCAUGCUGGAGGACAAGCUUAAAACCCUGGAGGAGAGAGUGUUUGUGGCUGUGGAGGAGCUGAGCAAUGCCACUGCCCCGGCGCUGCUGGAGGGCCAGGUGGUCCCAGCUCUGGAGACAGAGAUUGAGUCGGUGAGGAGGAGAGUGGAGGGAGACCUGGAUGGCAUCCAGAAACAGUUAAUUGACUUGGAGCUUCUUUGCACUUCCUCUUGCUCUCCAUCCACGCCACCAGCAGGAGGUGUGAGUAUAGCCGAGGUGGAAGAAGAGUGUGAGGGGAUGGAGAAGAAGAUGACUACCCGCCUGGAUUCCCAUGCUGAUCAACUGGACCGUCUGAACAACACCCUGCAGAACCUGCUUUUCCGUAUCAUGCAGGAGGACACGGAGGGCUCAGUCCAAGGAGAGAUCACCCUGCUCAAAGUCAACAUCAACUCAGUGAAUCGCACCCUGAAGGGCCUGAGGGACUCUGUUAGCUUCAUCGCUAGGGAGGUGGGCCAUGCCAAUACUAGCUGGGAGCAAAGAGAGAACCAGCUCCUAAACCAGGUGCAGGGCAUCACCAAGCUCGUUGGUCACCAAGCCUCCCUCCUGGGGGCUGGGGAGCGGCGGCUGGCACAGCUGAAGUCAGAGCUAGUGGCCUUGAAGAGGAGGCUGGCUGGGGAGCUGCAGGGCUGUCGCAGCACAGCGCUGGGAGUACAGAAGGAGGUGAAGGAGGUGGACAGCAGAGUGAGCCAGGUAGAGGGCCAGUGCAGCAGCCUAGGCGAGCUGGCAGAGCACCUGGAGAGGAUCAGGGCCGAGCUGGAGAGACACUCAGACUCCUACCUGGCCGAGGUGAAUGGCACCCUGGCCAACCAUUCGGACCAGCUAGCUGAGCUUAAGGAAGACAUCAAAGAUUGUGCAGCCAAGGGAACAGCGAACCCAAAUGGAGACCAGUAGCAUCUAAGCUACAGAACAAAAAACAAACUUGUGUGUGCAUCUCAUUAGGCUCAAAUGACUUCCUCUGUUUCUCUCCUCGCUCUUUCAGCGCCCACUUUCAUUUCCCCUCCCCCAUAUGUGCUGAUGCAAAUUAACUGGACCGGUGAAAGCAAUUUCCCAUAAGCCCCCAGCCUAGAGCCUCCAGCUGUCCUGGGUUUUCAGCUCAGUGAAGUGAGUAGAGGAGAGGCAGACACAAGAGUAGAGUAGUGAGAUACACCUAUGGUUGUAU